GCGCGCUGUUCAAAUUAUACUGGAUAGAGGAGAGAGCUGAAAACAAACCUCUGUACACGUUGGGAUUCAGGGCUGUUUUGUUAUUGUAACUCCUACCGCCAUCGGUAAACAUGGAGGACAGUCAGAGCAGGGGGACCCCAAGUAAUAUGAACUAUACACCCAAGCGAGCUCCAAACAACUUGUACCGAAGCUAUGGUGCUGGAGCAGGAUUGACAUCUGUGCGUAAAGGCAAAUUAACUUCCCUGAAACUCCCAACGAGCAGGGAAAUACCUAAAGCACGUGACCUAUCGGAAAAAGACCCAGAACAGAUUUCUAAAUUGACAGAGAAGAACUGGAAUCUGUAUUAUGUGACUCCAUUAUAUAAGUUUUUAUACACAGGGCUUAAGUCCUAUUCCAGGCAGCUCUCUGCCUUCAUAGUAGCAGAGAAACAGAAGGGCAUUGCAGUUGAGGUGGGGCUUGAAACCAACUUCAAGGUGAACUUCUCCAUAAUCCAAGGGUUGACUGAAAUUAAAGAGGAUGCAGAGGCUGUUUUCAUUCAGAUUUGUUCUAAGCCUAAGUUUGCCACUGAGGCCAUGGCUGAGACAGUGGUAUGGAGCGGAUGGCUGUCCUGUGUUAAUGGCAAUACAGAAUACCUGAGCUCCAUGCCACCAGAGUUCACCUGUUUACCCCUGUUCUGUGCUAAUGGAGCUGAGACUAUGACUGCCCUGGUGACCACCUGGUUCCAGAGGACCUUUGACUGUAACUUUGGUCCACUGCGCAUUGGCUCCAACAGCCUGUGCUGGUUAGCAGCAAUGUGGACUGGCUGUGAGCCUGAGAUGGGCAUCCGGUACCUGAAGUUGUCCUGGAGUCUACCUUGUAGUCCUCCAUUAAACGUCUCCUUCACUGUCCACCCAGGGGAUGCUUGGGAGUUGUGGAGAAGCAUCAGGCAGGAUCAGGUCAGAAUGACCAUAGAGGAAGUGGACCAGUUUAUGAGCUGUAUAGAGUCCCAUUUCUUCAGACAUUUUAAAAUACAUUUGUCAGCUGGGGAGUUAAUUGACGUGUCCACAUCUCUCGGAUCAGCUCACAGAGAUGGAAAAAUAAAGCUCAUGAGUAGUCACUACAUGCCUGGAAUCCUGACGCUUCUUACAGAAAGUGCAUUUGUAAUGAUGCCCAUUUAGGCUUCUAAGGAACAAGGUCUUCUCGGAACUUUAAAUUGUGGUCUUCUAUCCUUUUGUAUGUAUAAUAAAAUGAUUGUUAAGUUGCGUCUGUGUCCUUACACCAACGUAUUUAAAUUCUAUUAUUCUGGUGAACGUGGGUUUUUCAUUUUAGAAUAUUUCAAUCCAAUACCUUUAUUUGGUAUUUUGCUCACUGUACAUGUAAAUGUGCCUGCUGGCAAUUAAAUUAAGACAGUAAUGUAAAAUUAUUUUAUUUACAGACUAGAUUAUAUUGUGCACAAACAUUUUUUCAGGUUUACAUACAAGAAAAAUAACAAAUGCACAGAUAACAAUCAAAUGAACUCGGAAAUGGUUUGGAUUUGUGAAAGGAUAUGAUUUGCUCUGUA